GGUGGACGUCGAGACUUCGCCACACUGCACGAGAACUCGAAGCACCCCACCGCGCCGCCCCCAUGCAGAUCCAGAUCAAGACAUUAACUGGCCGAAAGCAAACUUUCAACUUCGAGCCUGAUAACACAAUCUUGCACGUGAAGCAAGCCCUUCAGGAGAAGGAAGGCAUUCAAGUCGACCAGAUCCGAUUGAUCUACAGCGGGAAGCAAUUGGCCGAUGACAAGACGCUGCAAGAGUACAACGUUGCCGCCGGCGGCACCAUUCACAUGGUUUUGCAGCUCCGUGGAGGCUGCUAAGCAGUGUAGUGCGGACUCUCUUCGUCCAUUCACGUGACGGCAGGACGAGUCGUUUGAUGCUAAUUCUCUUAAACACCCCUUCCUACGCCUUCGUGGCGUGUUGCUGCGCCGCGGUGGCUUUCUCC